AGCUUUGCUCAAAGCAUUUUGCAAGUGUCUGCCCGGCCUCGCCUCCAACUCCCUUGGGCACCAUGGCCUACCAGUACCCCGCCGAGCCCGGUGCCGCAGCACCCAUCAUGACCGUCCCUGCGGGAACCGGCGCGCCCAUCACGACCAUGGGCGCCAUGCCAGCCUACACCCCGGCCACCACCACCGGAGUUCCCAUCAUGUCCUCCUCAGCAGCUGCGGCGGCACCCGUCAUCAGCAGCUAUGGUGGCUAUGGCUAUGGCGGCUACACCAUCCCAUCCGCCUUGGACCACUCCCAGGGCAAGUGGUUCAUGCCCGGUGAGGCCUUGCCCCCCGGCUACGUGGUCACCGCACACCCGGAAGGACACACCGCACCCCAGUCCCAUCAUGCCAUGUCCGACAUGGCGCGUGACAGCUUCGUGGUCACCACCGGAACGGAGGUGAAGGCUUCGGCCUCCGCGGGGCCGAAGAAAGCCAAGAAGUCCAAGAAGAAGAAGAGCUCCGGAUGCUGCUAAGUCGUGACCUGAGAUCGGAGGAUAGUCGGCAGAUCUCUAAAACUCUGAGAUGUGGGAUUGGCUCAAGAUGUGUUGAACAUCAC